GCCGUGGAACGAUAUUGUCUAGAUAUAAUUUUGUACGUUUUAGUGCGUAAGGUCGAACAAAUACAUAUUGAACAAAAAAAAGAAAGAAAUAUAUCUAAAGAAAAUAUUUCUAUUUGUAUGGAGAAAUAAAAAAAGUAUUGAACGAACAGUGCAAAGUAACGAAUAAUUAUUUAGUAAACGACAAAGAAAAGCGCAAACAAAUAUUUGAUUAGUCAUAAAAAUUAAAUUAUAAUAAAUUACAAUUAAACGAACAUAAACAGAGUAUUUAACUAAAUUAAAAAUGUUUUAAGUGAUUUUAAAACUUGGUUGAAUAAAAAACAAGUUGGAAAAUAUUUAUAAAAGUUAUUUAAAAGUAAAAAAAUGCCUUUUGUUGCACCAAAAACUACAACGACUAGUGGUAAUGCGGCGGGUCGCACCACAUUUCGACCACCAUGGGUUAAAGAAGAUGGAGCCCAAAGUGGCUUAAAACCUACCACCAAAACCUCCAUACCCUGGGCGAGAAAAAGCAUAGACGUUAAAGAAACUGAAACUCCCAAUGCCAGUAUAUUAAAGAAAACUACUCCCUCCACUACUGCAAACAAAACGAAUGCAGAACCCAGUGCUACUUUAAAGAAAGCUAGUGAAUCCUUGAAAAAAACCAAUGAACCUGUUAAGAAAAUCACUACACCUGUUAAAAAGGAACCCGAAACCGUUAAAAAACCUUCCACAACAUCAGCCAGCAGCACAAAAACUUUAGCGGCUAAGAAAAAGGAACCCACACCACCCUCUUCAUCGGAGGAAGAAGAAACCGAUGAAGAGGAGGAGGAGGAGGAGGUGGAAGAAGAAGAAACUGAAGAAGAGACAGAAGAAGAAACAGAAGAAGAAACCGAAGAAGAAGAAUCCGAAGAAGAAGAAUCUGAAGAAGAGGAAUCCACAAAAGUACCAGCUAAAAAACCUCAACCCCAAACCAACAACAAUAGUAGCAAAAUCCCCGCAACAACGACAACAGUAGCGAAAAAAAUUAUUCCCCCCAAGACACAACCACCCAAAAAAGAGGAAGAAGAAAGUGAGUUAAAACGACGUUUUUCGCUAGAAAAACCUAAACUUAGACCGGUUGUUGUUAAACGUGACAAGUCUAUGAAAAAAAUCGAAGAUGACGAUGAGGCGGUCGAAGGUGAAACCGAAGAAGAACGCGAACGUCGUUUACGUUUUAAAUUAGAAAAACCCAAAUUGCGUCAUGUUAAACGCGAAGAGAAACCCUUACCUAGUAAAAGUUCAGAGAAUAUUUUAAAAAUACGUCCGGUUUUGAAGAAAGUACCCAAAGUCGAUGAGGUAAUUAAGGAAACGAAAGAGGAACCUAAACCCGAAUUUAAAACGAAAACUUUACGUAAAACACCGUCAAUUAAACGCGAACCCAGUAUCAAAAAUGUUCCGGCACCACCACCAUUGCCGUCUUUGGUGCCCAAGGCUCCCCCACCACCACCACCACCAUUGGGUAAGCCAGGUGAGAAAAAGGAAGUAUCAGAGGCUCGUAAACAAGCUAUAGAAAAACUAAAAACAAGACCACGUCGACGACCUGAUUGGUCGGAAAUGAUGAAAGAAGUAGAAAGUGGCAGAAAAUUACGACAUGUGGAGUGCAAUGACAGAUCUCAACCCAUACUCACUUGCAAAUCAAUGACCAAAGUGGAUAAUAAAUUUAUUUAUGAGACCGAAAAGGAUAAUUCACACAACAAGCUGUUAAAGCAAAUCCAGGGUGGCAUUAAAUUGAAACCAACACAAACAAAUGAUCGUAGUAAACCAUUCAUAGAAGGUCUAAGGAAAUUCCGCAGACAAAUGACCAUUGAAGAGCAGCUACAAAAGUCACAAUCUAAAGUGAAUAUGUUAGGUAGUGCUCCAGGAGCCACAGAUACAACCGAUGGUGCUGCACCCUCAGCUAGCUCUACACGUGCCGGUAGUAUUGUUUCCGCUUUAGUACUAGACGAUCCCAGUGGUGAUGAACUCGAUGACAUUGAUAAGAUACGCGAUGACUUACAGAGCACUAAACAAAUGUUAGCACUCGAACUGCGUAAUCGUGAGGCUCAAGAGAGAGAAAAUAAAAAACUUUUAGCCAAAAUAGCCACCUUAGAAGCUGAACUAGAACGUGAAAAAUCAAGAGACAAAACUUUAGAAUAUGGUUCAAGAAUUAUUGUUGCCACCAUGGAAACCACACCGGAAUCAGAAGAAGCUUUUGUUAAUUCAUUGAAAAAGGAGGCAGAAGAAUCUAAGAAAACAGCUAAGGAAUUAGAAAAGAAAUAUUUAACAACGGGCGAACAAUUAGAUCAAGCUAAGAGUGAAAUUGAAGAGCAAAAGAGACAAAUACAAAUGUUGGAAAGAAAAUUGGCACAAGCUUUACAGGGCCAUCAGCUUACUAACUCAACGCAAUUUGAAUUUUGCUAUGAUUAUGAUGAUCUUGAUCACACGCUAUCGUUCUAUCAUCAUAAUGGCAAGCAUAAGGGUGGUGGCCUGGACUCUAGAAGAGCCAGUGAUGUUCACAAUGGUCGUGAUAGUUCACCAGACUUUGACUUGGCUGAAAGUGAAAGUGAUCCAGAUGAGCCAGAAGAAAAGAAGGCCGAAAGACGUGAGAAACGUUUGGUCAAGGAAGUUAAGGUAUUGCGCAGUAAAUUAACCAAGGUAAAGGUAAAAGAAGAAGCUGCCAAAAAGGAAAAAAUGGCACUCAAGGAAGCUAUGAAAAAGAAUCAUGUCAUACUCAAGGAAGAAAAGAAGAAAUUCAAGAAACUAGAAAAGGAAGUACACAAAAUGGCAGCCUCGAUGAAGGAAGAUGCCGACGAGGAUGAAGAGAAUGAAGAUGAUGAAGAAAAGGAAGAGGAGGAGGAAGAAGAAUCCGAAGAGGAAUCUGAGGAAGAAUCUGAAGAAUCAGAGUCUGAGGAAAGUGGCAAUGAGACAGAAAGUGAAUCAGAAGCAGAGGAUGCCCCCAAUUCGGCCAAGAAGGAGAACUUGGAACCACGUCUCAAGAAACAUGAGGGACGCUUGUCUGCUAUGAAAAAAUGCAAUGUCCUAUUGCAGGCCAAUGUCGACAAUUUGCAAGAUGAAAUUUCUCAAGUUCGCUACAAGGCCUCCAAUCUACAAUCUGAAUUGGAUUCUGUGCUGGCUGAUUUAGGUUUUUAAUUGACCCAAAAACUCUACACACCCACACUACACGUACACACUCAUACAUAAUAAUUUAUUAUUUACUAUAUUAUAGUUUUCUUAAUAAACAUUUACAUACAUUUUAUAUCGAUCUAUGAUUGUUGUCUAAUAAGAGAAUUAAAUUUUCUUCUUACCUUUUUGUAAAAUGUUUUUGUUUGUACAAGUUUUAUAACACGAAUUAAAUCCAGUAAAACAUGAAAAUUCAAAAUAAAAACUAUCCCACACCAACA